GGGCCGUGCAAACGAAUAGCGGUUACGUGACGUCAUGAGCCGUGCUGUGUUGUCACCAGCUGUUGUCUGGAACACGAAGGGGAAAAAGUGGCCGUUUCGACACGAGCGCACCGACAUACACGUACACGCACACAAACACGCGCGAACCCGCGGCGCACAGCUGCGCGCUUCCGAGCCGAAAGACGGUACCGGAUGACCGGCGGAGAGCAGCGGAGGCUCUACAGUCUGCCGGUGCUGGUAGCCGUUACGUAACCGAAGGCAUUGAUGAGACGACGGUGAUAACGCACCAGGGGCGAUACAGGUCGGAGUUGAAGACAUUGCCCCCACUCUGCUCAGACUCCGUGUGGGUUCAACCCCAUCUGGCCACGUCGUGCUGAGCAGGAGGAGUUCUCCGCCAGGCUAAGCGCCAUCACCGCUGUCGCCAUGAACGUGGGCACGGCGCACAGCGAGGUGAACCCCAACACCCGCGUGAUGAACAGCAGGGGCAUGUGGCUGUCCUACAUCCUGGGCAUCGGCCUGCUGCACGUCAUCCUGCUCAGCGUCCCCUUCGCCAGCGUCCCCGCGGUCUGGACCCUCACCAACCUCAUCCACAACCUGUGCAUGUACCUCCUGCUUCACGCGGUCAAGGGGACGCCCUUUGAGACCCCGGAUCAGGGCAAGGCUCGCCUCAUGACAUACUGGGAGCAGAUGGACUACGGCGUGCAGUUCACGGCCUCGCGCAAGUUCCUCACCAUCACACCGAUUGUCCUGUACAUACUGACCAGCUUCUACACCAAAUACGACCGGGCCCAUUUCGUGGUCAACACGCUCUCCUUGCUCACGGUGCUCAUCCCCAAGCUGCCCCAGCUGCACGGCGUGAGGAUCUUUGGGAUUAAUAAGUACUGAUGCACUGCCCCCUCUACGCCGACUAGCCGGGCGCACGUCAACAGUAUUCAGAUUUUUGGAUAUUUGUGGCUCCGCGCCUUGCUGAGCGGCGCUCUGCCUGAAGCCCACUGGGGACACUGCCAUGGUACCGAACCCCCGGGGAAGGACUCACAACGCACACUGCGGGAGGGUGGGCUCUCCUUGCUCACAGACACUUUGAAGAAGAAGAAGAAGAAAAGGGAUUUUUUGCUGUGUGCGUCGGAGGGAGACGUCGCACACGCACUCACGUGCCAUUUCACACCCGAGGCUGUAAUCAGAAGUUAUUUUCUCUCUAAGGACACGCUGCUGUAUUUAUUCAGCCGACGUCCACGCCAAGCUUCCUCUUUCUCGAAGUUUGCGUGGAGGAGCAAGACAAUACUUUAAUGACAUAAUGGAGGGGGCAAGACGCGAGACACCCACACGGUUCUAUAUUUAGAGGCGCUUUGUAUCAGAAUCUGACCACUUCCAUACUUGGACUGCUCUUGUCCUGGUUUGCGUCUGCAGGCCCGUCUGUGAGGGAAGAAAUGAGCAAGAGCACUCUGCUGGUGCGGCGUGGCGGCUUGUCAGUAAAAGGACUCUCGGUUUGACAUCUGGGAAUGUGAGUUACGCAGAGCCGCUAAUGUUCCUUUCACCCUCAUUUACACAUGUUUUGAUUGGGCUCAGAUGUUUAAAUUCUCCCUCUUCAGCGUGUUGGUGGGAUUUAGGAUCCAUGGAAACUGCAGUUAUACAGUAGCAUGUACUGAAGGGAUUUAUGUCACCGGCUGCUUUGUAUUAGAGUAAGAAUAUCUGAUGGUAAUAUAGUUAUUGUUCAUUUUUAGAAAAAUGUUUCAUCCAGUGCUUCUGUACCAUCUUAUUUCGAGCAGAUUCCCUGAAGCAGUUCUCCUCUUGAAUCUGAAUGUUGAUGUAAUAAUAUUAAAGGGGAAAUAUGACGUUCGGGUUCACGCUUGUAUUUUGGGUUUGUACUAAAUAGAACAUGUUUAUAUGCCUAAAUGCUGGAAAAGACAAUAUCCUUGGCACGCUGUCUGUGGAUGUACCUGUAAUCAUCCUCUGAUUGUAACGCUCUGUUUUAGCGCCCGGCUGACUUUUACAGAGGUGGUUCUUGAAGGUGGAGCCACUAUAACGAAAGCAUCAGUUUAUUCCAAUCAUUUUCAUUGAUGGAGGUGGAUCACGGGAAAAAUUUGUAUGGAAUUGUAGGGAAACUACAGUUUUAUUUAUUCAUGAUAUGUGAUCUUUCUCCAACGAAAAGAAAAAACGCUAAAUGUAGAAAACCUCAGAAUGUUUUUAAAAUAUGUUGCUGCUGUCGUGAUAAGCAAAACGAGGUUGAAGGUCUUCUUUCUUUAGUUGGAACAGAUCGUGAACAGAUUUUCAAACACAAGUUGUAGUUGUCAUAGUAGCAGAAAUAUUAAUAUUACUGCCGGGGGACUGUCAGAAGUAGUGAAAGGGAAAAUAUGAGUCAUCUUUUGUGUAAGACAAAGAACAUUAAACUCAAUUAUGGUGAAAUAUGAAAUAUCGCUAAACCUUAAUUAGCUCUGUUGUUGUAUUUUAGAAGAUUGGUGUUUUAAAUUGGCUGAAUUUCACUAUUUAUUUAGUUAUUUUACUUUUUAAGGACCGUUUACUCUCUUGGAAGACGGUUGAACUGAACGUUGAAACGUGACACGAUGUCACAAUGUCUCUUAGAAGGAAAUGUUGAUCUUCUGUCUCACCCAAAAUAGUCAUUCAGUCAAAUAGCAUCAGCUCAAAGCCUGUUUAUGUGUUUGUGCUGUUGUCAUGUCGGAUUGAAUUAAUAGUUAGUUAGUUAAAUGAACAAAGCUCAUUGGCUAGAUGUUCUUAAUCUAAACGUUUAGGCUUUAAUUAGACCCCAAAGUGUUAUGAGAGUUCAGCUGUCUUACAUUUCCUGAGAUACCUCUCGGUAUAGUCCAGCUUCCAUUUAACUGUUACAGCGGCGAGCCUCUUUUAUUUCACACCGGUUGCCUCGCAGUGGAGCGGAGACUCGUCUCAAAGCCGGCGGCUUCACUCAAUCCACUUUCAUCCCGACGCUGCGAGCUGAUACAGGCGCUCUCUCUGCGUCACGCAACACCGCAGGCUCGUUUAAACAUUGAUUAAGUGAAAGUAGUGAUGAGGUCGGGUGUUUGAAUUGAUUUCAUAUUCAUGUUCCCGAGGAAGGCCGACGUGACAACUGCUUGUUCUGUAUGUGACAGCAGUCAGUGUUUAAAAGAACCCUUCUGACUCUAAUGUUGAUGUUAAUGAAUAAUUAUUCAAUAUUACAAGUUACACAAAGGCGUUCACAUAAAACACAUCGCAGCCUUGUACAUUGUUGUGCACCUUUUAUUACCCUUAAUAAGUCAACUGAAUUGGAUAUUGUUGCUGUUGGACAAGAAACAAUUGUUUAAAAAUGUAAAUAUAUAUUUGAACUCUGAGAAAAUCCUCCACGAAAACUCUUAGAAUUGAAAAUGUGAUGUUUAAUUUAAUGGGUAUAGCUUGAAGGAAUUUAUGAGAAAGGCAACAUUGCUUUUCUCUGUUGGGGUUUCUAUCUAUAUAAGAAGCACGCAAAGGACUGAGAGGCAUGUUUGUGGAAUGAUCGCUAUUAAAUUACAAUUUAUAAUUGAAA